CUCUUAUUCACCUCUUUGUGUCCAAUAUGGGUGGCCGUCUCUUCCCCCUCAGCAUCUCCUUCCGACCAUCUCCGACCAAGCACUUCAAAGCAGCAUCUGCGGCAUACAACUCCGUCAAGAGUUACAGCCAAGCAAGCAAGGAAAACGGCCAUGGGCGUGAAUUUAUAGAAGAAAGAGCGCCUUCGACGGCUGAAGAGUUUAAAAAUAUCGCCGAGGAGAAGAUCCGGGAAGCCCAGCAGGGUGUGGCGAGUCAGACAGCUGAAAAGGUAUUUGAUGGCACGGAGGCGGCUACUCUAGGUGACGCGGAUGAUCUUCAAUCUGUCAACCGCAGGUACGAGGAGCAUGAAGAAGGAGCUGAUUACCGCAGGAGAUCUGGGGACCAGUCUGAUGGAGUUAAAGCAUUUUCGAACAAAGCCGAGUAAUACUAAUUAUUAAGGUUAUGUUUGAGAAUCAGUUACGUACGUUGUUCAUUUUCUCUUUUCCCUUGCUGAAAAUAGUGAAAUGUGUGAUUCUUCUUCCUUUCAA